AUGGGGGGGGAGUGGGAGGGAAGGGAGGUACGGCCCGGGGCCCGGAGCCCAGACUCGGCGCUCCUGGGGGGGCCCGGGCUCAGACACAAAGUGACGGCCGCGGGAGCUGCGCGGCGCGUGGGCACCGGAAGUGCCCGCCUCAGAUCCCGGCUCCUCCCCUCUCCUCACCCUGGGAAGGGCGGGGGAGCGGGGAGCGGGGAGUCAGGCGGGGGACCAAACGGGGGCGCCUGCGCUGUCGGCCCGCCAGACCUCUCCAGUGCCCCCCACGCCACUCCUCCCUUCGGGCUCCCCCGCCCCUCGGAUCCCGGCGUUGGGGAUCCAUCCCUCAAACAAAGAAUUAAAGAGAAAGAGAAAAAAGAAGAUGGGGGGAAGCAAUUAUGAAAAAUUAAACAUCAAUCAAGUUCCAACAUUUUAUGUUCCAAC